UUAGUCAUAUUCCUGAAUGCUAAGCUGUGCAUUGCUUUGCCGCAGGUGUGAGCUCGCGGCUGUGUUUCUGCUCAAGGCCCCAUGGAGCCUGACGUGACACACAUCUACUCCUCCUCUCCACCCCCGAUGGAGGACGGCAUCGAGGAUGAGGAUGACGAAUUUAGCGACUUCACCGGCGUCCCGAACAGCACCAGCUUCGACACGCCCACCACAUUCGACCAGUCUCAGGCUUUGAACGCCACUUCGCCGCCGGAGCUGCUGAGCAAUGGGAGGAUCGUGGGACUGUCCUCUCAACCCACAGGGUCUACGAAAGCUAACGGCGUGACGCCUGGCUCUGGCCAAACCGCCACGCCCAAUGGCAGAAUGGUUAGCGUCGAGGAACUCAAAAAGUUCAGCGAGCACCAAGCUCACAUCGCAUCCCUGGAGUUCGCAACGGGGUCUCGGACUGACAGUGACUGCAAUGGCACAGUUGAAGUGCUCACGAACGGGUUUGCGACAUUAGACCAAGGUGGAAGCCCACCUACGCCACACAAAACCAACGAAUUUGAUGUCAGUCCAGAUGAUUUUGCAGAUUUCUCUGCCUUUUCAAAUGCUGAACACAACCAGCCUUCAGAGACAGACUGGGAACAUUCUAAUCAAGGGUGUAUACCGCCACAGAAUGAUGCUAACGACAGCAUUGAAGAGCGAGGAACUAGUUUAGAAGACAAUAGCAGGGACUCGAGAAACGCAGGGUUUGGAUUCUUUUCGGAAAACUCUGAAAGUCUCAGCAACGGUGACUGGGGUUUCCAUGAAGGGUCGGAUUUAGAUAGAAGGGAGCUAGAAGCUGAUACUACUGAAGUCGUUAGCUCGGUGCAACCGCUAGCCCUUAAUGGUGUCACUUUUAGUGAAACCGAUGAGAACAGGGUGUCGCCUGACUCUACUGGGGAUAAGUCUAGUGGCAAACAAUCAGAUGAGAAAGGCUCAGAGAAUGAGACUUUAGAAACGGAAACGGAGACGUCCUUUGGUCGGCCGCUAUCGACAGACGCGCUCGAAGAAUUCGGUGACUUUAGCACGACGGGAUCCGUACCCUCGCCU